GCAACUGUCAAUGCUUCUGUCUUCUGCUCUCUCUUUCCGGCAUCUUUACGCCCGAGUGUGAACACACUUUUGAUAGUGUUCAAUAAUUUUGAUUCCGACGCGUCUUAGAACUUUCCAAAAUGCCGCCAAAGUUCGACCCGAACGAGGUUAAGCAGGUGUACCUGCGAUGCGUCGGUGGUGAAGUCGGUGCUACCUCUUCCCUCGCCCCGAAGAUCGGUCCCCUCGGUCUGUCUCCGAAGAAGGUUGGUGAUGAUAUUGCCAAGGCUACCGGCGACUGGAAGGGCCUGAAGAUCACUGUCUGCCUGACGAUCCAGAACCGACAGGCCACUAUCUCGGUUGUACCGUCAGCAGCAUCCCUGAUCGUGAAAGCCCUCAAGGAACCGCCACGAGACCGCAAGAAGGUGAAGAACAUUAAGCACAAUGGUAACAUCACCUUCGACGAAGUGAUCAGCAUUGCGCGUGUUAUGCGACCCCGAUCCAUGGCCCGCGAGCUGGCUGGAACCUGCAAGGAGGUGCUUGGUACGGCGCACAGCGUCGGAUGCACCAUUGAUGGACGAGCACCCCACGAGGUCAUCGAAGAUAUCUCGAGCGGAGCCAUUGAAGUCCCGUCGGAAUAAGCCAGAACAACCCCAUCGGCUGCGGUGCCGAGCAAUGUUCGUUUCCUCGUUACAUCUAAAGGCGAACGUAUUAAAUAAACAUUGCUGUAAAGAACGCUAAUAACA